AUGAAGCUCUAUUGGAUUAUAUUAAUCGCAGGUCUCAUUGCCCUCGGCGCGACUGAGUAUCUACAGAAUUUCACUAAUGACAAGGCCGUCAUCAACGGUAACGCUAAGGCUCUUGGGUACCAGAAACUCUCCUCUAGAGGCGAUACAGACUCCGACCCCGACGACGAUUCUGACGAUUCUGACGACUCCGACUCCGAUGACGAAGACGAGGAUGAUGACAACGAUGAUGGCUACACAAACCCUGCUACCGAUAAAGGUUACAAAGAAGAUGUUUCUGACCCUGAUGGCGAAUGUGAAAUCGGUGCACUCCAGCCAAUGCUCGAUGAGCUGAAACUUUCUAAAGAUCCACAAGGGAGAAUGCCACCUCGCAAGAAGCAGUAUUAUACUGCCAACGGUCGGAGAUACAGGGUCACAACGGCCUAUGCCACCAUCAUCAUCAAUCCGCAAGCCGGUCUAAUCUAUUUCCUUCGGCGCGGUUCUGCCGUAAAAGAGGCCCGUGAUCUAUGGCGUAUACGCAAAGGAGACCCAGUUCCGUCCGAUGAGUUGCCAGCUUUACGUGCGAGUUCAGACCUAGCAUGGGGGUUCUGGAAUCGAGUAAGGCGCGAUAAGUUGGCAGAAAUUCAUGGCUUUGUGUCUAUGCUCAUAACCAACGGCGAGACGCGGAGAAUCAUCGAUAGGAUACUGAGGGAGCAAGAACUAGACAGGGUGCCCCUCUGGCCGGGAAUCGACGUCAAGAUAAACACCCCGCAGUAUAUGGCUCUUCUGGGCAGUCCAAACGGUAGAGCGGUAGGUUACUUUCUUGCUCAACAUAAAGCACAGAUAGGUGGCAAUCGUUGCGUCAAGACUAUUCGUAUUUUCCGUGGAGACGCGAUGACAGAAAUGCCUAAUUUACUCUUCGCCGUUGAGUGGGCGCCCUCUCCACCAGCAAAUGCACCGACGGAUCCAGUGGAGGAAUGGUUACCCUAUCCAGAUGAUGGUAUGGGAGCUCUCACGGAUAUUCAAGUAGGUAAUGUGGUCAAGAGGAGUGACGAUGGAAGAAACAUGGUGAGGAGUCACAAAGUUUGGGUGAAGCUGUAA